AUGCGUCGUCUCGUGCUUCUAACACUGACGGUCGCUGGCGUGGCGGCCCGUCAGUACCUUCAGCAGCAGCAACAGAAUGCCGAAUUUCGAGUCCCUCCGGCAGAAUAUUCUUCAAAUACAGCUCACGGAGUAUGGAAACCAAAAAGAUCCGCAUGGUUGAACGAUUCUCCUCCACCAGACCGGCGAGUUGGAAGAAGAGACUUUUCGGAUCUAGUAUUCGUGUUGGGUGCAUCUUCUGUUAACCGUGCUCAUUACAUAUCAAGGAGUUUUGGAGGAGAAUCUGUUACUGUGAUAACUGCUAAACCACCAAUAUCUCCUAAUAUUUGGUUGAGUGCCGACGAUUCGAAAGAUUUGGAUCAGCCAGCGGUUGAAGCAUCAAUAGAAAUGAAAGUGCAAUCGGAGGAACUUCUGACGUCUUCUGAGAAACAUGACGGAACGAAACGAGUUGUGAAACAUGUGAGUAUUACCCAUCUCCAACCAAGUGGAUAUGAAGGUGGAAAUGAAGGCAAUAAUCUAGAAGCAUGGCAAUCAAUACAGUCAUCAAACCACGGAGGUGUAUUUCCAGAUGGAUACGAUGGUCUGUCUGCCAUGCCCCAAACACUAAUCAAUGAAGUUGGUUCCGUACCUGGAGCUCCGUUUCAACGUCCUCCACCUCCCCUGUUUCGUCCUAAUCCUCCACGUCAUCCGUUUCCUCCUCCAAGAACUUACCCAAGGUUACCUUCGCCUCCUUCUAGAAGACAUGCUGGCGACAUGAGGCCUCCUGGUUUCAUACCACCUGAGAUGACAGCAUUGUCUCCUUUGAGUGGAGAUUUUGAUGGAGAUGCUCCGUUGGAUAGAUCAGGAAGAGAUUCUGGAGAUUCUGGAAGGCAUACCUCUACAACUGAGACUACAACGAUAACCACAAAAACAGCGGAAACAACAACAACCACUACUACUCCUACUACCACCACGAUGACUACAACUACAGAAGAAAUUACCACUGAAGCUCAAACCAUCCCUCCAACUUCCUCUGAUCCUCCAGAAGAUCCAACCAACGAAGAUUUAACAGCAGAUAUCGGAAAUAAUAGCGAAAAGAAGGAAGUUAAUGAAGCAUUCACGAUCAAGGCUCCAGAAGCGCCGCCCAUUUUUGAGAACUCUGUGACUAAAUCACACAGAUAUCUAGAAGAUCACAAAAUUAGAAACGCACAAAACUGUCUCACUUUUCAACAAUGUAUAAAAUUCUUUUCAGAAGAGCCAGACGAUGAUGGAUUCGAUGAAUCUCAACCAUUCAAGAAAAACACUUUGCCAAAUGGUUCAAUGGUGGGGCAUGGUGCACGUGAAUCAUUGAUUACAGGAGUAAGCAGUGCCAACAAACGGUCGACUUCCUACGUCAAUGCAUUGACUGUUGAUAAUGCAGCUGCUGAAUCCAGAAAUACAAAACUCCAAUGUCUUCCGUGUGCACCAGGAACUGUUCCAGUACCUCCAAAAGAAGAAAUACUCCCGCCGAUUGAGCCUCUUCCAUCGGUGUCUGGUCCAUAUCAGCCUCCAAAGACUUUACCUGUAGCUCCAGGUGAAUCGAGUGAAACCACGUAUGAUAAGAUUGACGAGAAAAUACUCGAACGUCCUCCUCCUCCUCCUCCUCCUCCUCCUCCUCCUCCACCAGCUUCUUCUUCCAAAUAUUCACCUUCUCCUUCUGUCGAGUUGCCUUCUGCUCCUUCUGUAUCUCCUCCGAUUCCUUCUACGCGUGAUCCUGUCACAAUUUCACUGCCUGCUCCUGUUAAACCUGUAGCACCAUCUAGACCAUCCACAGACUAUGAGCCAAAGCCACCGCCACCAGGUCCAUCCCAGAUUCAACCAGCUGAGCCAUCACCGGUUGAACAAUCGAGACCGUCUCAGCCACCACCGCCGCAACCGGCUGCUUCUGGACCAUCUUCCCCAGAAACAUCUUAUGGUCCUGCUCCUUCUGCAUCUCGGACUUCAACUGGACCUGCACCGGCACCUUCUCGCCCUGCUAUGACUGAGGUGACACCGUCAAGAUCCACCGGCCCAAAUCCAAUUGCUCCACCAGCACCUGGUCCUUCUGGAAACUUCAACCCGGUUCCACCUCGGCAGGAGCCAACUCCAUACCAACCAUCUGUACCCGAAACACCGCAUGAAACUGCACCUUCACCACCAUCACAGCCUGCGCCAUCUGCACCAUCCUAUGGACCAGUACCGUCUCGGCCAUCCGAACCAUCUCAGACAGAACAGGGUCCACCACCAGCUGGUCCUGAGCCAUCAGAGCCAUCUGUACCAGAACAAGGGCCACCACCGACUGGACCAGAACCAUCGAGUUCAUCUCAUGGCCCAGCACCAGAAGUCGUUCGAGAAAGACCUUCGCCAGCUCCGGAGGUGCCUGUUCUGAUUGCUCUCCCACCACCAAAAUCGACUUAUUCUGAAGUAGAAGAUAAAGGUGGAGAAGUGGAUAAUAGUCAAGAAGAAGUUAAUCCAUCUGACCGUCGCCCUGAAAUUAGUUCUGUUUCUGCUGAAAACUCGGUUGAAAACAUUUCCAAAACCGACGUCACCACAGUUCCAAUGAGCACCACCACUGGCCUAAUGCCAUCAUCUGUUCUUCCAUCUGAUAACUUGUCUGAAGAGGAAGACAUCCCACCAUCUAAUCAACCAUCAGAAGUACUACCACCUGAGUUGUUGUCCAAAGAAACAGUACUUGCAACGACGAGUAAAAAUUCUCAUAAGCAGAAACCAGCACCUCCUGCAAUUUCACCUUCACCACUUGAACAGAUAAAAAUCAAACAAGCAUCUUCUUCGUAUGUUCCAUCGUCGGCCGUUCCACUUGGUCCCCUAUCAAAAGAAGAAGAAGACGACGAUCAAACAGAAGAUGGGGUUGAGAAUAUUGAAAAGAAUGGACCAACACCUACAACAGGAGAUAAUGCCCUUCUAACUACUAGGCAACAAACAGCAGCCAGUCCACCUUCAAUUAUUCCUUCUUUUGCAACAUUUGCUACGGAAUCUCCAUUAUCUGUUCAAGCUGUCACAGUUGAUCCGUCAUCUUUUGAAACUACAACUGGAGUUAAAUCAGGAAAAGUGGAAGCAACUCCAGCUCCACGAGCUUCUUCCGUGUACCCGGUAUCCUUCUCCAUUCCAUCUGAGCCAACCACUUCUUCGAAGCCGCCAGCAAUUUCCACUUCAACAACUGAAGCGCCAUCCGAAAACCCAACUACAGAGUUUGAUGGGGAAGUGACGCCUCCAAAUAGCGCAGUGGAGUUUGUGGAAAGUUCAACGUCUCCGAGUUUUGUGACUGAAUCACGUGUCUCUAAAAGCACAUCAAAUCCAAGAGAGGAGGUGACUCCGAUUGUCAGUUCAUCUAUGCCAACUGUAACUAGAAAACUAACUCAUCCCCCAUCUGCCAUUCCACCAUCAGCACAGUUUUUAAAAACUAUAGAUUCUCUGAAGAUGGAGAAAGAAACAUCUCCAACAACACCUUCUGCCGGAACUUCACAAGCUCCGACACCAGAAAAACCAAAUCCAUCAGAUGUUAAGACACUGCUACCACCUUCUGGAUCGUCCUCCUACAAGAAUACAAAAACUCCACAAACUGGAGCACUAGAUAACUCCGGAGAGAUGAUAUCAGUUGAAGAGCCAGUUGGGAACCCGGUGGUUCCUUCUAACUCAAAAAAAUCGUCGACACCAGCACCAGAAUCAGCAUUUUUGCCUUCUACUUCGUACGACUUAGGACCAAAACCUCGAACAAUGUCUCCACUAUCUCCUGAACUACGAUCAUCUGCUUCGUUGCCUUCUGUGAGAUCAUCUUCGCCCGAAUCUGCAGCCACCGAGCUUCCAAAAUCCGCAACAUCCGAAAACGGAUUUAUGAGCGCGGUUCCACCAAUGGAAUUCGAGAAAUCUCUCUCAGGAAAUGCACCUUCAUUUGGUUCUGGUUUUCAAGUGCCUACUACAACUGAUGGAAGUACUCCAAUGGAUCCGUUGGAAGAGGAUUACGAUGUUGAUGUACCGAUUCCAACAGCGGCUGCCUCAACUGGUUCUCCCAUUGAACCGAUAUCUGAGACAACUACCCGUUCAUCUUCGAUCAUUACGAUUUCAACAGCUGAUAAACCGCCGACUAUUCCUGAUUGGAUCAUGGCUAUGUACACAAAUCCUCCCUCUUCGAUGUCUUCAUCUUCUUCUGUAACAUUACCAACAUCUAGUUCAACAGGGACUGUGACAAAACCAACUGGAUCACUGAUUGAGGUUUUAGCCUCAAAAACUCUAGAACCACAGACACCAUUUCCAACUUUGAUACCAACGGUGUCGAAUCCAUCAUCGAGUGAACCCAAAUACUCAGCACCGUCAAUUAAGUUUGCUUCAUCGAAGUUUUCACAAACCAAAACACCUACCAACGUUGAUGCUGAAACUACAUCAGAAUCUUCAGAAUACAUGACAUCCACAGAAUACGUAGAUUCUGAAACUGCUUCUGGAUCAUCACCCAUGACAUACAAUCCAAAUCCUGUUUCAGCAACACCUCCCUCUGCUGUAGUUUCUUCAAAAACGUUGAAUCCUCCUGUGGCUCCUCCAACCGCUACAAUAACUUCUCGAAUAGUUCCAUCCUCUACACCAAGAAUACAAACUCGUCCACCUACCACAACUUCCCGACGACCUGGAAUUACACCUCCACUUGGUCCGAAAACCAUCGCACCAGGAGCUGUUUUAACCACUCUUUCCUUUGGAUUCCCAUCUGGACCAACCCCGAUUCUGGUGAAAGUUGAGCCCAUGCCAUCUUCUGUUCUACCGUCAAACACCUUCAUCGAAACUGAUGAUUCUUCUGAAAAUUCUGAAGAAGAGGAUAUAAGUAUUCUACCUGAAGGGACAGUUGCUUCGGUCACUGCUGGAUUGUGGACUCCUGAUAUGAUAUCGAAGUAUAUUUCAACACUAAAAACAAUUUCUCCAACAUCUGCAACGUCUGCUUCUGGUCCAGUACCUCCCGCAACCUUACCAAUUUCUUCAUCCUCUCCAUCGUCAACCAAAAAACGUCCAACUGCUCCGCCGUCGGCUAUUCCACCAUGGGCAUUAUCGACAGAGUCUAGGGAAUCGGAAGAAAAACCUGCAUAUUUGAGUUCAAAACACGCUAUUCCUUCUUCUGUUGCUUCAGUUAAAACGCCUUCUAAUCCAUCCUCAGUUUCUCAAAAAAUUGAAGUGACCUCAUCACCACACUUUACAGUCAAACCAUCCGUUACACCCGCACCUAGUGUACCUGAUCCAGCUUCUCCAGUACCAGUUGAGCCAUAUGUACCAUCAGAAUCAGCACCGUCCGCACCAGAUCCGUUUGAACCAUCUGUGGAAGCACCUUCAGCUCCAGCAUUACCUGCAGUCGCUACUUCUGUGUCACAACCAUUGUCUGCUUCCGCUUCAGCUCCGUCUGGACCUGCUCCGUCUGGACCUGCACCAUCCGAACCUGCACCAUCUGUACUGGCACCACCUGCACCGUCACCAUCUGUUCCUGUACCGUCUGAACCUGCACCAACUGAACCUGCACCGAUUGAUUACACAGACAUUGACACACAUAAGCCUGUUGUUACUACUACGUCCACGUCUAGAGAACAUGAAACUGAAGAGGGACCAUAUGAGCCAUUGAAUCCACCACAACCAGCGGAAGGAGGUCAUGUUGAAGAAUAUCAGAGUACCGUUGAUACAGCUAUCGAACAGUCAGCAACACCUGGACCAUCAAUUGAACCAGCUCGUCAACCAGCCCAGCCAGGCCCACAACCAAUUCCGGAGAGUUAUGCUCCGGCGCCUGCUCCUGCUCCUGCUCCACAGCCGGCACCUCAACCAAUUCCCCAACCAUCACAGCCAGAACCUCAGCCAGCCUCACAACCAUCUCCAGGACCAGUUGAGCAUAGAUACGAAAUUCCCGCCCCGCAGACUGCCCCACAACCUGUUCCUCUACCUGGCCCUGAGCCAGCAUCCGUACCAGCGCCUGCUCCAGCUCCACAACCUGCUCCACAGCCACUCCCAGCGGCUCCCCAACAGCCUUCACAACCACAGCCUUAUGAGCCAGUACCGAUUGUCACUCUUGCUCCAGAACCAGCUGUACACACUUAUGGAGCCCAAGGACCUGAUAUCGCUCCAGCUGUGACUGCUGCACCGAUAGCUACGGACGGAGGGGCACCUAGUAACACAGGGUCAAUUCCACCAAACCCAUCUCAAGCAAUAGCUCCUGCUCCACAGACAUCUAGAAAUACCAACAUUGAAGAAACGAUCAACAUAGAUGCGACACAGCCUUUACCUGGCCAGUCUUCCUACAACAAUUUAGAAGAAGAUCACAGUGAUGGAAGUGUUGCAGAGCUUCCUGCUCCAGAAAAUGGUCCGGCCUCAACACCAGCACCAUCAAUUCCAGGAGAAUCAGGCUAUAGCAACUUGGAAGAAGAUCACGAAGGUGACCAUCAUCUUGUCGAAGGAUCGAACACAGGCUCUUCUUCUUCAUCUGAAUCAUCUGGACCAUCGUCAAAUACAGGAGAAUCCAGUUUCAGUAACCUAGAAGAGGACAACGAAUCGGGACAUACGGGAGCAAGAGUUGGAGAAUCGACAUACAGUGCUUGUACUGAUUGUAAGGCUUCUAAUAGAAAAAGCAACGAAGACGAAGAACAAGAAUACGAAAAUGAGACCCAGAACACUGGAGAUGAGUCUGAUGACUCUGGGGAGUCAAUUAGUAGCUCUGACAAUGAACACAUUCCUCAAGUCGUUGUACCGACAAGACCUUCGGGAGGUUUCAGAACUGGAUCAAUGGUAGAGAAUACUGCUCCACAACCAACUUCAUACCAACGACCACAACCAAUUCGAGUACAAGUGAAUCCUGCCACGAAACCCUACCGUCCUCGUCCAUCUCCAGCACCAAGGAUUCAACCACAAAGACCAUAUAAUCCACGACCACUUCCGAUCCCUCAACCUCAACCGAGACCACACCCUGUGCCUCAACCACAACCACUGCCACAGCCACAACCGCUGCCACAGCCACAACAAAUUCCACAAACCUACUUGCAAAGGCCAACGGUUUGUUACCCGAAAUCUGAAAUAAAAAAGAACUUUCUCACUUUCAGCUAUCACUUCCAUUCCAACAAUCCCAAUACCCAGCACCAAUUCCAUAUCAGCCUCGACCGGCUCCAUUCGUUCCAUUCCAACCGACGGCUCAACAACCAUCUCCCGCGGGAUGCUGUGGUGGACAACUGUUCAGUCGACAAGGAGGACUUUGUAUGCCAAUCAAUUUCAAUUCAUGCCAACAACAACAGAGCAACUGCGGUGGUGGAUGUGCAGGAGGAUGUGGUGGAGGUGGAAACUCUUGUGGCGGAGGAUGCAAUUCUGGAGGAAGCUCUUGUGGAAACGGAGGUGGUGGAGGAUGUGGAAGUUCAUGUGGUGGAGGAUGCGGAGGAUGCGGCGGCGGUGGAGGAUGUAGUCCUUCGUGUUGCCAACCACAGACUUCUGCAUGCUGUAACCAAGCAGUUUCUACAUGUUGCCAACCACAACAAAUGGCUUGUUGCAACCAACAGGUACAAACUUGCUGCCCGCCCCCCAUUCAACAAUCAUGCUGCUGCCCAACUCGUUCUAUUUGCAGGCAUAAACGGUAAAUUUAACUUUUCUUUUCUUUUUUCUCAACUCAUUUCUUCAGAUCCCUCGUUUUCACCAAAUAGGAAGCCGUUAAUAAUUUAUUUUUUCCAAUCCCCAAUCUUCAAUAACUCAUCCCUAUUUAUUGCUCCAAGAAUACCUUUCUCUGAACGAGGACCGUCAAUUGUUCAGGGUACACCGGUUCUCAAUCACUUCUCUCGCAUCCUCACCAUACCAUUUUGUUUCGCCUGUCGAUUAUUAACAGUAUUUCCAUUUGAGUUCUGA